AUGUCUCUUCCGUCUUUAACAGAAUUCGACAUCAUUUUUGCUGGAGGCGGUGCCACAGCUUGUGUUGUCGCGGGUCGCCUAGCUGCAUGUGAUCCCUCACUUAAGAUCCUAGUUCUGGAAGCGGAGUACCACGGUCACAUUCAAUAUUGGGAUCCCACUCCGCGUCUCAACGGCCGUGCAUUGAUCGUUCCCUCUGGCCACUCCGUUGGUGGAGGAUCAAGUGUCAAUUUCGGGGCAUACACUCGUGCUCCUGCCUCGGAUUUUGAUGAUUGGGCAGUCGAUGGCUGGAAAUCUGGUGAUUUAAUUCCCCUCAUGAAGAAGCUGGAGACAUACGAGGUGCAACCCAAUCGUCCAACCCACGGAUACAAUGGACCUAUCAAGAUAUCCUCUGGCGGGUAUAAACUAGGUAUCUGCAACGAGUUCGUCCAUGUUGGCACGACUUAUCACAAGAGGCCAUAUGCCGAAGACACCGAUAAUCUAGAAACAUGCAAUACAUACAGUCCAUGGGCAAAAUACAUUGACGGGGCCACAGGAAGGCGUUCCGACGCAGCUCACUACGUCUACAAUCAAGCCCACAAUCCGAAUUUACAACUCUGGGUCGGCAAGCGUGUAAAGCGCGUCAUUUUCGAAGACAAGCGUGCUGUAGGUGUUGAGUUCACCAGUGACCUGGUUUCCCCAGACGCAGACCAGUCGUUGAAUACCGUGAGAGCAUCAAAGCUUGUUGUAGUCUCUGCUGGGGCGUUUGGUUCCCCGGCCAUUCUCGAGAGGUCCGGGAUCGGUGCCGAGGCAGUGCUCAGGCGGUGUGGUAUCGAGCAGCUGGUGAACCUGCCUGGUGUUGGAGAAAAUUACAAAGAUCACAAUGCCGUCUUGGUUCCAUACUUCGUUGCUGACGGGGCAGUCACCAUGGAUUCUCUCUGGCGUGGGGAGGAGAGUGUUGUAAAGGGAGCCCUUGCGCAAUGGAACAGGAAUGGCAGGUCGCUCAUUGCUUCAAAUGGCGUCGAUGCAAAAAUCAAGUGGCGCCCCGACGGUGACGAGCUGAAAGCCAUGGGUUUAGCCUUUCAACCACGAUGGAAAGAAUUCUUCCAAGACCGCGCAGACAAGGCUGUUGCAAUAUUCUCCCUUAUUGCGGGAUACGUGGGGCCACUUAUGGGCACCCUUCCUCCUCGCAAUUACAUGAUGGCCGCCUAUUUUUCACUUUAUCCCGCGUCUGUUGGCAGCGUGCAUAUUAAAUUGGAAGAAAAUGGCAAGGAAGGACUCGACUUUACUCCAGGCUUCUUAGACGACCCGUCUGAUAUAAUACCUCUUAACUUUGCAUACAAGAAGAUGCGCGAAAUCUAUCGACGCAUGCCUUCCUACCGAGGUGAGCUACCUGACUGCCAUCCUAGUUUCCCAGAGGGAAGCGCUGCGGUCUGUGGAGAAGCGUCCGGGCCAGUAGACUUGAAUGCGCCUGACAUCAUCUACACUGCUGAAGAUGACGAGGCUAUUGAUAAAUAUCACCGUGACUAUGUGCAAACGACUUGGCACUCGCUCGGCACUUGUGCAAUGAAGCCGGAGGCAGAACGGGGAGUUGUCGACGCUCGACUAAACGUGUACGGCGUGUCGAACCUCAAGGUUGCAGAUAUGUCUAUCGCGCCGAAAAACGUUGGAACGAACACGUAUUCGACUGCGCUCCUCAUUGGAGAGAAAGCUGCGAUGAUCAUUUCUGCAGAGUUGGGUAUCGAUUUUACUGUGCAGAGCAUCGUCGACGGAAAAUAGCGCAGGGGCUGUACUGGGGAAAAUGGAACGAUAGCCUGAAUUGUCUGCAUAGUCUGAAUUGUCUGCACAUUUACAUCCCGCUGGUACUAUGAUCGUUCUUGGUCUCGUAAUCGAUUAACAACUAUUUACCGUUGACAAUGACAGCGUAAUCCAACGCGCUCGAUCAGGUCACAA